AUGUCCGUCUUCCGCCCCUCAGCCCACGCCCUCAUAACAGGCGGCGCAUCCGGCGUCGGCUUUGCCGUCGCCCAACUUUGCCUAAAACACUCAAUGCGCGUCUCCAUUAUCGAUUUCAACCAAUCCUCGCUCGACAUCGCGCGCAAAAACCUGUCCGGCGAUGUAAAAUGCAUCCAAGCAGAUGUCUCCUCCCGCUCCGACUGGAGUUCCAUCCGCCAGCAAGUCGGCGCCGACGUUGAUUUCCUCAUGCUGAAUGCGGGCAUUGGCGGGAAAGGAACGUGGGGUGAUGAGGAAUAUUUUGAUAAGAUUCUUGCUACGAAUCUGGGGGGUGUUGUAAAUGGUUUGAAUGCGUAUGUUCCGAGUUUCAAAGAGAGGGCGGGAAAAGACGGGGAGGAGAGUACGAUUGUGAUUACGGGGAGUAAACAGGGGAUUACGAAUCCGCCUGGUAAUCCCGCGUAUAAUGCUAGUAAAGCGGCUGUGAAGACGCUGGCUGAGCAUUUGAGCUAUGAUCUCAAGGACACGGGCGUUGGGGUUCAUUUGUUGGUUCCGGGGUGGACGUUUACUGGACUUUCUGGAAACGAACCAGGCUCUACCAAAGCCAAGCCGGAAGGUGCGUGGUCAGCGGACCAAGUAGCAGACUACAUGUACGUCAAGAUGCAGGCCAAGAAGUUUUACAUCAUCUGUCCUGACGACCAGGUCACGGAGGAGACGGACAAGAAGAGGAUGUUGUGGAGUGUAGGCGAUAUUGUGAAUGAGAGACCGCCGCUAACGAGGUGGAGAGAGGAGUACAAGGAUGAGGCUGAGAAGUGGAUGGCGGAGCAGAAAGUGUAG